CUUGAGUGUCGGCAGGAAACGAAGGGGUGGUGGUGACAGAGAGCAACAGAGAUAGGAAAGCCAGAGAGAGAGAGAGGUCCUUCACUUCAACCACAGCUGACAACAAAAAAAACAGAUAUUUCACAGCAGGAAAUAACUUCAGUACACACUGGACAAAGAGCUCUCUCCAUUUCUGCUAAUGUGAUGAUGGCCUCCGCUACUUUCAUAAAAGACACAGGCUGCACAGGCAUGCUGUACGUGCUCCUGUUUGGACUACUGCUGCCUUCAGUGUCAGCCCAAUCAAUUACUACAAUGUCCCCGUCCUCCUCCACUACUGCCUCCAUGUCAACCGCAGCACCUACUACCACCAUGGCAGCCAUGACAACCACCGGCACCACCCAGUCCCCCACUGUCAUGACCACUACAGCCACCCCAGCAGCCACCAGCAAUACCCAGCCCCCUGCCACCACCUCUGGACCCACAACCAUGGUCCAGUCCAUCGCCGUUAUCGCAGCAACCCCCACCGCCCAGCCUGCCAGCUCCACCACUGUUGGAGGUACAACAAUUAGCAGCACCACCCAGUCCCCCACACCCACAGCAACCUCUGGAGGUACAGCAUCCACCACCACUCCUUCCCCUACAUCCACACCCACAUCUGGAGUCACAGCAUCCACCACCCAGUCCCCUACACCCACAGCAACCUCUGUAGGUACAGCAUCCACCACCCAGUCUCCUACACCAGCAGAAACAUCUGGAGCUACAGCAUCCACCACCCAGUCCCCCAUACCCACAGCAACCUCUGGAGGCACAGCAUCCACCACUACUCCUUCCCCUACAUCCACACCCACAUCUGGAGUCACAGCAUCCACCACCCAGUCCCCCACACCCACAGCAACCUCUGGAGUCACAGCAUCCACCACCACUCCUUCCCCUACAUCCACACCCACAUCUGGAGUCACAGCAUCCACCACCCAGUCUCCUACACCGGCAGCAACAUCUGGAGCUACAGCAUCCACCCAGUCCCCCACACCCACAGCAACCUCUGGAGGCACAGCAUCCACCCAAUCCCCUACACUCACACCCACCUUACCUUCCACAGCAUCCACCACCCAGUCCCCUACACCCACAGCAACCUCUGGAGGUACAGCAUCCACCACCACUCCUUCCCCUACAUCCACACCCACAUCUGGAGUCACAGCAUCCACAGGACCCGCCACCCAGUCUCCCACAACAACCUCCGGAGGCAUAGCAACCUCCGUCACAUCCACCACACAGUCUGGCACCAGCAUCACAGCCAAUUAUGCAUCUACAGCUGCUAUCACCACUGAUAAUUCAAUCAGUGCUAAUAAUCCAGGAUCCACCUCUGCUUCCUCUACAUUUGCUUUAACAGCCAGCACCAUGUCCGGACCUGCCUCCUCCUCCUCCUCUUCCUCAUCCUCCUCCUCCUCCUCCUCUUCCUCUUCCAUGACGUCAAACUCUGGUCCUUGGACCUCAAUGAUGUCCACAACUCCUUCAUCAAACUCUACUUGUGGCAUGACUGGUAUGAAUGGAACCACUAUGAUGUACUGCCCCUCAUUCACCUGUAACUACACAGACUGCUAUACGAUGUACACCAGUCAGAAUACAACGUUAUGUGCUGAUGGUGUCUGCUUGUGUCAGCUGAUCAAACAGACGGACAUGUGUUACACCGUUGGCUGCAGCUUGUCCUGUGCUGAUAGCUGCGUCAACGCCUCUCAGACCAACUGCUCUGUGUACUGCUGCAAUUCUACCGGCUGCCUUAAUAGCAGUUUUGCAUCCAUGAUGAUGAAUACAACCACAGUAAUGCCAAGGACAUCAACCAAACCCACAAUGAAAACCACCAUUCUUCCAACAACCGCAAACAAAGGAAACAAAUGCCACAUUGGUUCAUGUACUGGCACAGAUUGCUACACAACUUUUCAAACAGCCCAGACAUGCACCCCCUCACAGCCACACUGUCAGCUGAAAAAGGAGACAGAGGGGUCUGGUUUGAAGUGGACGGCAGGCUGCACCACCAACUGUUCUUACCUGACUCCAUGCAAGGCCUCCACACUACCUCCAUGUCACCUGGAGUGCUGCAACGCCACUAUGACCUCCUGCCUGCGGUUGAACGGCACGCUGAAUGUUCCUAAUUUCUCCACAAGAGGUCCUCAUCUCAACACAGAAUUGGUUGCUUCCUUAUUUUGCCUGCUCGCCAUCACUUUACUGCUCUGAGUCUCUGAGUAGGAGCUAGCUCAGCUGCUCUGCGGGUCAUUAGGUAAUCAGAGCUUUGUGUCAUUCCUCCAGAGAAUGCAGAGGAUAGCACUACUUCAUUUAUCUCACUGAUAUUCACAUGUGAUUGUAAUGUAUUUGUAAAUGAAAAAUUAUAUCUUAUAUAACUUCAGGAAUCACUUUACAUUUGAGGUGCAAAUCAGCUAUACAAUUAACACAAUCAUUUUUCACUUUAAACUUUUUUUCUCAGUGGAUUUUUAAGAAAUAUUUUUGAAUCACCAUGUCAUUUCUUUGAGCCAUGCACUUGCCCAUAACUUAAUUUCAAGAACUGUUUUCUUGAAGAAAGCUAAAACUGUUUUUGUUUGCACCUAUCGGAAUUAUUUUAGACGUAUUCGUAUGGGUGAGUGAGCCUAAACACGUUUUUUUGUAUUGAUGUGGUUAGAAAUGUUUUAUUACUUUAAACUCUCCCUAGAUUAUCUUCUCUUCAAACCAUUGUGAGAGUAUCACAGCUUUGACUCUAAAUGCACUUUAUGAAACACACACAUGUUGAGCUGUUACAGGGUGUUGUGAAGGUUUGCUGAAGGUUUAAUGAAGUGUGCAAUUAAGUACUUUGGGCUACUCUUUAGUUAAUAUUUUUGUGAAUUUUGAGGUGUCUAUAUUGUGUGGUUUACAGAGAAUAUUUUAAGGUAUAAUGGUGUCAUGUAAAUGUUAAAUGCAAUUAGAAAUGUUAAAAUGUAUUCUAGUUGUGUGUACUGUGUAAAAUAUGAUUGUGCCUUAUAAUUAAAUGAGCUAUAAUAAACUAUAUAUCGUGAAUAUUCAAUUGAAUAAUUCACAUGUGAAA